AUGGCAGUGGCGGCUUGCACCGUGCCCCUCCCCCCCACCCCUGUAGCUUGUAAAGAUGGCCACGUUUGUCAAAUCGUGAUAGAAGACCUUGAUGAAACCACAUUAGUAAAAGAGAGAGAGAAGAAAAAGAAGAAAAAUGAGCAUCCACCUUCACCCCCUCCAUCCCCUCCACCAAAGCCCCAACCCCCAGUGGAAGCGCCCCCCUCUGACAAAGAGUUGCAAGCAAUAAAGAUCCAGGCCUGGUGGCGGGGCACCCUGGUGCGCCGGACGCUGUUGCGUGCAGCCCUCAGAGCAUGUAUCAUUCAGUACUGGUGGAAACAGAAGCUGGCAGAGCUGCUGGAGAAGAAGAGGCGGCCUGUGCUGGAUCAUUAUGCUCAGCACAAAUGGGCAGUGGUCAGGCUACAGUCUUGGGUCCGCAUGUGGCGCAUCCGCCUUCGUUAUUGCCAUUUGCUCCAUGCUGCCCGCAUUAUCCAGGUCUAUUGGCGCUGGCAUAAUUGCCAUACCCGUGGCUUUUUCAGGGGCAGCUAUGAACUCACAGCAAGCCAACUAGGACUUGAGCUUGAGAUCUUUCUGGGGUCACAGGUCUGUCGGAUUACAGACUCCAUCCCCUUCCCAAUAAAGAAUUGAUCGGGUGUGCUCCAACACUGUGUCACAAGAUCUCAGACAGUCUUCAGGAGGUCACUGUCUCAGUGAAGAGUCAGGGUAAAUGAUGGCAGAUAUUGUGCAUCUCACAGGUCAGCUCGGAGGUUGUCUGGGGUCACAUAUAAAGUAGGAUUCUAAGAGCCAGGUGGCGGAUGAUUGGGGUCUGUGGUUGAUUAGUAAUGUCUGUCAUGGGUAGGAGACAUGAAGUUGCAGAGCUGCCAAGUCAGCCAGCUCCAGGGCAACUCCUUCAUAGUGUGAUGUAUGGUUGUGUUUUCAUUUUGCUCAUGGUUUCCUUUGCUGUGCAAAAGCUUGUAAGUUUGAUUAGGUCCCAUUUGUUUAUUUUUGCUUUUAUUUCUGUUGCCUGGGGAGACUGACUUAAGAAAACACUGGUACAGAGAAUGUUUCACCUAUGUUCCAUUCUAGGAGUUUUAUGGUGUCGUGUCUUAUAUUUAAGUCUUUAAGCCAUUUGGAGUUCAUUUUUGUGUAUGGUGUGAAGGGUGUGUUCUAACUUCAUUGAUUUACGUGGGGCUGCCCAACUUUUCCAGCACCACUUGCUGAAGAGACUGUCUUUUCCUCAUUAUAUAUUCUUGCCUUCUUUGUCAAAAUUUAGUUGACUGUAGGUGUAUAGGUUUCUUUCUGGGCUCUUUAAUAAGUUCCUAUGAUCCAUAUGUCUGUUUUUGUUCCUAUACCAUGGGUUUUUUGGGGGGGGUUUUAAGAUUUUUUUUUCCAUAUGUGAAUCAUUUUUAAAGUUUUUAUUGAAUUUGUUACAGUAUUGCUUCUGUUUUAUGUUUUGGUUUAUUGGCUGUGAGGCAUGUGGAAUCUUCGCUCCCUGACCAAGGAUCAAACCCACACUCUCUGCAUUGGAAGCUAAGUCCUAACCACUGGACUGCCAAGGAAGUCCCCAUGUUGUUUUUUGUUUUUUGUUUUUUUAACAUCUUUAUUGGAGUAUAACUGUUUUACAAUGGUGUGUUAGUUUCUGCUUUACAACAAAGUGAAUCAGUUAUACACAUACACAUGUUCCCAUAUCUCUUCCCUCUUGCGUCUCCCUCCCUCCCACCCUCCCUAUCCGACCAUUCUAGAUGGUCACAAAGCACCAAGCUGAUCUCCCUGUGCUAUGCGGCUGCUUCCCACUAGCUAUCUAUUU